CGGUAAUGACGCUCUACGUUAAUCUGAAAACAGUUCCUGUUUAUAUUUGCUAUCAAAACAUUAAUCUGUGCCAUCGUCGGAUUUGUGCUCGUGAAGCCGCCAAUGUCUGCGUCCGCCCUGCGAAUGAUCCGCGUCCGGAGGCUGAGCACCACCGGGCCUGCUGUGAAGAGAGCACUGCCAUGGAGAGACCUUAGAAAAAUAGCAAAAGUGACAGGAGCAAUAGUACUGGGAGGCUGUGUAUUCAUCACGUACGAGAUGGUUACUCUGAACCGGGCCAUCACUAUCGACACCAGUGCCAUACUACAGGAGAAGCAAAAGUCCUACAUCUACCUGACUCCCACCACUAAUAGAGAACAAGAGAGCCUUGCUUCUGGCUUCACUAUCAAGACCAGGAAGGUACUUCAUAAAGCAGCUAGAAAGUUUAUUGAAAUUUCUUCAAGAGUUCUUCUUCGCCCAUUGGAUGAGCAUCUCAGUCAUCUAGACGCAGACCCUCAUGAAUGUGCUCUAUGGGUGCUGCUGAAGAAAACCUGCUCUGCCGACCGCGCCGUUCGACAGCAGGCGGUGCAGGAACUGGCCCAGAAUCACCACUGGCAGGAUUAUCAGUACCAGACUGCAGCACAGGUGAUCGAUCAGCGCACAGCUGUGGCUCUCGCCCGCAUACCUAACGUGGACCUGCGCUUCUUUCUCCCUCCACCUCCACUGCCGCGGACUGAUGAUGAUAUAUCGAUAGAGGAUGGGCUUAGGCAGUUACUGUCAUCUCUGCCCCAGUCGGAGGUAGAUCAGUGUGUGCAGUACUUCACCUCUCUGGCAUUAAGAGAGAGCAGCCAAUCACUAGCCUCUCAACGGGGAGGGCUGUGGUGUUUUGGAGGAAAUGGGUUGCCUUAUGCCCAAAGCCUGACUUCCACCCCCUCUGAGAAGGUGGAGACGUUCUGCCUGCAGGCCCUGGUGCAGCACUCAAAGGUCCAAAGUCAUUGUGACCACAUUGUGGCUAAUGGAGGACUGCAGCUCUUGCAGAGAAUCUUCCAGCUUCGUAGAGACUCUCCGAAAAUUCAGAGCAACAUUGUGCAAAUUAUUGGAAACCUCACCCUGAAUGACCGCUUGCACACAGCCAUAGUACAGUCAGGUUGGGUGGCUGUCCUGGCUGAGAUGAUCCAGUUACCACACAUCAAGCAGGCAUCUCAUGCUGCCCGUGCUUUAGCCAAUUUGGAUAGAGAUGCAGUAAGGCAGAAGUACCAGGAUGGUGUUUACAUAAUGCACCCACAAUGCCGUACUAAUGAGCCAGUCAAAGCUGAUGUUCUGUUUGUUCACGGCCUCUUGGGAGCAGCUUUUAAAACUUGGCGUCAAAAGGACCUUGAUGUGACAGAUGACAAGGUCGAAGGGGUUCGAGAGGACUACACUGAAUGCUGGCCUAAGUCGUGGUUGGCUGCAGACUGUCCAAACCUCAGAAUCCUGUCUGUUGAGUAUGACACCCAUUUAAGUGAUUGGAAGGCUAAGUGUCCUGCUGAAAACCAAAGGAAGUCCUUGGCCUACAGAAGUCAGGAACUGCUGAGGAAACUGAAGGAUGCAGGUGUAGGGGACAGGCCUGUGGUGUGGGUAGCCCACAGUAUGGGAGGUUUACUUGUGAAAAAGAUGCUCUUGGAUGCCGCUAAAGAUCCUGAUCUCAGUCCGCUGAUCAAGAACACUAAGGGAAUUCUGUUAUACAGCGUUCCUCAUCACGGCACAUUCAUGGCAGAGUAUUCUGUAAAUGUGCGAUACCUACUUUUCCCCUCCAUUGAAGUAAAAGAACUAUGUCGAGACUCUCCAGCGUUACGGGACUUGAAUGAAAAUUUCCUGAACAUUGCAAAGGAACAAGAGUUCAAGGUCCUUAGCUUUGCAGAAACUCUGCCAACCUACAUUGGGCCGAUGCUCAAGAUAUUGGUAGUUCCAUCGCAGUCAGCAGAUCUGGGUAUUGGGGACCUCAUCCAGGUGGACGUUGAUCACCUCAACAUCUGCAAGCCAGAAACAAAAGACUCAUUUCUCUAUAAACGUACUUUACAGUUUAUUCGGGAUGCUCUUGGAGGACAGAGAAUUAAGUGAACUCUCACAGUCCAAAACUGGUCUCUUGCCAUUUCAUUUCCUCUUGAGGGUUCAACAGUUACAAGAUGGUGUUAACUAUGAAUAGAAGGAAGUUCUA